AUGACAAUACGUGAACAUACUGUCGAGUACUUCUUCAUCCCUACGCCUGUCCAAAGUAAAGCAUUCACCGUAGCGCGGAGGGAAUCAUACGGGACUGCCAAUAUCUCGCUGCCUGGAUCCCCCGGCGGACGCAACAUUUUCACUAACGUCGGCGUGGACACGCAAUUCCCUUCUUUCUUGCGGCGAGUCGUUGCCGUUGGCCCUAGACACCGAGCGCUGCAUGAGCGUCUUCGCAUUCUCGAGCGGAUCUUGCGGGGAUUCAUGCGGGUCGACGACGUCCUGAUUCGGGUUGAGCUUCCAGUAGCGGUAGCUGCGCGGAGGAGAGAAGGAGGCGCCGAGGAGCGAGCCCAAAAAAGGGCCAACCCAGUACUAAGAACGCGGUCAGAAGCAGGCAUUGAACGCGGGGCUAGGUAA